AUGCCUUACAUCUACGAACGAAUGCAGCAACUCGACACAUGGGCGAGCUCAGCGUUGGCGCAGUCGAACUUACUUCCUAUUGUUCCUCCUUCCAUGAAUUGUGGCGAUGGUAUGGAGUUCACAACAGCACAAAGUAUACGUUCAAUUUCCCGAAUCAAGUUGUCCAGCGCACAAAUCAAAACCCAUCGCUUUAGAGCAUUUUCAGACAUCCCUAUCUUCAUUAAGAAACAUUGUGACCUAACUGCAGCCAAUUCCAACAACCUAGCAGCAUGCAAUUCUGUCAAGGAUUCCAGAGCGCAGAAUGGAAUCAGCGACAUUCAAUGCUCGUGCGGAGGUUUGGAACCAUUUCAGCAGUCGUCGAGCGAGUACACCCCUUCCACCGCUUCAUCCACGUCCUCAGACUAUCAGUCAAUCUCCCAAUACUCCUUUACCAGUGGAUUCCCCUUCAGCAUCCAACACUCCGCCAAAGUCUGCCUUAGGGCUGCUCUGUUGAUCUCACGCAUGUUCCCAAGUCUACCCAUACCGCAACCCAUUAUGAACGAGCCAAAGAGCCCGCAAGGGAUGACGUUACAAUCACCGAACCAGCUGCCUCGAACUAUGCCAUCAUUCGCCUGCUGUUUGAUGCAAGGCAGCUACGCUAUGCUAAUGAUAUUCUACAAAGCACGCGUAGAAAAGCAGCUGUCACCAGACUAUGGAAACAAGACUACUCCCUCAGAUCGAUUGAUCGAAGAACUCAGGCAAGGCCUAGAGCGAAUAAUUGCUACCGUAACCAAUUAUGCAGCUGCUUUUGAGGCGUUAGACGGCAUGAGAGAUGAAAUCGAAGGUGCAUAUCAAACGGCGUUCCCUCAACCAUAA